AAGGGGCAGAUAGGAAGCCGCACUUCUGGAAUGCACGCACCUCUAAGCGCGGCGGUCUCACCUGCUGCUGCUUUUGCUGUGGGGGACUAGGCUCUCCAGUGAGCCCAGCGCACAGCUCUCAGACGUGAAGUAGAGCAGGUCUCCACUCCUCGCUCAAACGGGAUCCUGUCACGCUCUCCGACACCAACCUGCGCCCCUAAACUGUCCCACAGACGGAGCCGCCGCCCCGAGAGGCCAAUGAAAGCUCCGUUGCAGCCGCCGCCCCCACUGACGCCUUCGCCGGUACUCCUGUCCCUCCUAGUCUUGAGCGCAGUGUGCCACCAUGUUGCUGCAUCGGACACCAAUGACACCUACCCUGAGAGAAAGGAUUUGUUUUCUGGGGAUCAUAGUACAGAUGGGGUUGAGCUGCCUUCAGGAAGUGAAAUGUCCUCAGGGACUGAAUAUGACUAUUCCGGAGAGUAUGAGGAAGACCCACAACUGUCUGGAUAUUUCAUAGAUGAUUCAAUCAGAGUUGGCCGUUUAGUUAAACCCAAGAAAAAUAGAACAGAAAGUGAAAAGAACUCCGACAAGACCAGAAGAAAGAAAAAUAGAGGCAAAAAGAGAAAACCCAAAAAGAAGGUUAAUCCAUGUGAUGCAAAAUACCAGAGUUAUUGCAUUCAUGGUGAAUGCAAAUACAUAGAAAGCCUAGAAGCAGUGACAUGCAAGUGUCAUCAGGAUUAUUUUGGUGAACGCUGUGUAGAGCAAUCAAUGAAGACCCACAGCUUAGGAGAUGGAGGUCGCUUCGGCACAGCACUGGCCAUUGUGGCUGGCCUUCUUUCUGUCCUUUGCUUCUCAGCGAUUGUUGUCAUUAUCGUCCAAAUUCGGAAAGUACAUUCUAAUGUUCAUGACCUAGAAGCUGAAGAAAGAAGGCACCUCCAGCAAGAAAAUGGAAAUGGAUCCAUUAGAGUAUAGCUGAAAGUAGCUUACAGGCUAUCCAGCUGAAGAUGAACUGCCUUAUGACAACCACACAUGCCAACACUGUUUUUUAUUUUUGUGGGUCAUCUGAAAAUUGGUUAUUUUUCUGAUGGUUUUUAACUUUUGAAUGUCAACUUUUAUGCUGAAAGUCUUAGUAUUUCUGUACAUACAGAAGCAUGGAAAUAUAAAGUGAUAUGUUUCCAUUUGUAAAUAGUUUAUUUAAUAUUUAACAGAAGUAUAUUUAUUUUAUAAUUCAUUAAACUUUUUAAAAAAUUA